AAAAAUGUUCAAAUUUUCUAAUCAUUAGUCAACCAUGCAUUUGGAUUCUUCUUUAACAGUAACAGUUGGAAAACAGAGAUGGAAGACUUUCCAUUUGUCACACCACUUCAUUUGCCUUCAAUCUCGCAGAGACUUACUACAUAAAAUGAUAUCAUCUUUCUCUUUAUAAAGACCAGCCAAGAAGUUAAAAUAUAGACAAGAUAUUCAGAAAUGGAGAUAGAUGACUCCUUCAAGAGACCAGGUUCUGUACCAUUCAAGUGGGAGAUAAGGCCAGGGAUAGCCAAACCUGAUCACAAAAUCAGUACUCCACCAAUGCUGUCGAAGCUCAGACUUCCACCGUCCCGAAUUCCAGCUCUAUCUGAAGGUUCAAUUAUGCGUAGCAGCUCUCCAUCUCCGUCUCCAUCCAAACGGCAUAAUCUAUUCACUCUUUCUCCACCACCUUCUGAGUCGAAACGGCAUAAUCUAUUCGCUUUUUCUCCACCACCUUCUGUGUCGAAACGGCACGAUCUAUUUGCUUUUUCUCCACCACCUUCUGCAUUCCCUGUUUCACCGUCGAAGUCUCUGUCCAAACAGCGUAAUCUAGUUGCUUCUUCUUCACCACAGUCUGCGUCCAAAUGGCAUGGUAAUAACCGAGCAGAGAGAUCAUCUAAGGUAAUUGCCACCACUUCAGCAACUGUCUCACAAGGUUGUUUUGCUAUGCCACCCCUACGACGCAAGGAUGACAAGAAAUUGUUUUCUGGAGUUGGGAUGGUUGCUUUGUCGAACUCAUCAGUAUCAUCUCCAUCAUCAUUUGAGCGAAUGCUCAUAACAGCUGAGGCGGAGCUUGCAGCAAGUGGGCUUUUAUAGAGAAUCUUGUCUUAAA